UGAUGCAAUAUUCCUAAUAACUACACUCAACUUAAACACAACAGUGUCAAAUAAUAACUCGUAUAUUACUGUUGUUCCUUUGUUCACUUUACUGAAUUUUAAAAUAUCUUAUUGAAAAUUUCGGUAUCAACAAAAAUGGUUUUCUUUAAAAUAACCAUUGUAAUUUUUUUACUAAAAUACGUAAUUGGAUUGCACGGGAAUGAUUUGGAAAACAUCACACCUCCUCAUUGUACGCAAGUUGCAAAAGACACAGACUAUGUAUCCAAAUUUAAAUUUGAUUAUCCAGUCUCUUAUCUUAUACCAGGUCAACGUGAAGCAUAUCAACAAAUGUACUGUAUUAACCCUGCAACAGUUAAUAAAGCGGUAGCAACAGUUUGUGAUUGGGUUUCGCCACCACAGGCUCAUUUCACUCUCGGUGAUGACUACCUACACGUAGUACGUCAAGAUCCUACUGGAAGAUACCUCGGAAAUGCGGUGAUAACUACGUAUCAAUACUGUAACCACAACAUAUCAUCUGAUUUACUUGACGCGAUGGCCCCAGUUGUUACGCAAUUUUUGUAAUGCUUAAGCUAAUUAUGUGAGAAAAUUCGAACUUCUUUGAUUAAUGUCAUCUAUUUGACUGAGUGU